AUGGAAGGGGAGAAUGGGGGUUUCAGGACGGCGGUGGAGCGGCGCCUGGCUGCGGACGGUGGGGAAACCCUAGCUGGAGUUGGUGAAGGAGAAGAUGAGGAUCUGCUGGCCUCCGGUGGGCGUCCUGAAGUAGGAGGGGAUGGAUGCUCUUCUCUUGAUGGAGAGGACGGGGAAGGGAGUGAGGAGCCGGAGGAUAGACUGGCUCGAGCCGACAAAUUGUUCGAGGAGGGAUCGAAGGCAAUAGAAGGAGGUGAUUUCGUCGAGGCCGUGGACUGCCUCAGCCGUGCCCUUGAGAUCAGGUUCCGACGCAGACUCUCUCUACCUUUCUACCUAGUCGUCUACGUUCCCCCUUCUCUGUUUAUUUAUCUACACUUCUAUGCAUGUGAAUGCGUACUUGCGCUGCUAUUGCAUCCGUCCAACAGGUUGACUUUCGAUUGAUUUAUUGAAUGAUGAGCGUGUAUCAAAUGGAACAUGGAACGCGUGAUCAUCUUGGACGUUCAACUGAUAAAAGUAGGAGGUGGAACUGUCUAACAAGACGAGCAAAAAUCAACUAGAAAAAUUAGUUUCGAUAGCUAAGAGGGGUCUAUUUCAUUUCUUAAGAGAAAACAGGGAUCCCUCAGAGAAUGUACCGAUCUGCUCUUUCUUGUAGAUUAUCAUGCCAAAUACUUUUUUGCAUUCUGUAGCUCAUUAACGUAUAAGCUCCCUUCGAAGGCAGUAGUUUCGCUUCUUUCGUUAUUGUUUUAAUGGUUUUGUGUGCGCCCUGCUCCACUGAUGUCUGUUCCUAUCCAGGGUCGCAAACUUUGGCGAGCUUGCUCCUGAGUGUGCCAGUUCUUAUUACAAAUAUGGAUGUGCAUUGCUAUAUAAAGCGCAAGAGGAAGCCGAUCCUUUGGGUAAUGUUCCUAAAGACUGUGCAAAGAACUCUGCAAGUGGCACCGUUGUUGAGAGUGGAGAGAGCAGUUCAAGUUCCAAGUCUCUGAUUACUGAUAGUGAACCGGGUCACUCUCUUCGAAACAAGGAAAAAGAGGGAGAGCAAGGUAACACAGAUGGUCUUACAUUGUAUCUGAUAGCCAAUGACUGGUGUUUGUCAUCUGUUUUUAUCAUUCUUUUCGUAUAACAGUUGAUCAUGCUCAUAUGUGGUGUAUCUUGUGUUUAGCCACUUAAAAAUGAGCCGUCAGAUUUGGACAUAACGUCUAUUUUGUGCCCAUGGUAGGCCGACUUUCUGGCAUUUACGAUGGCUUCUUUAUUCUUUAUGUUUUAAAAAAAUUAGAUUGUCUAGCUGUGAUAUUUGGAAUCAAACCUCAUCAAGUUAUUGUAGGUGUGAUGAUUUACUUCAAAGGCAAAGUCUAUGGUUCAAGAGAGGAUUCUAGGACCGCUAAGUAUACAUUACAUGCGCUAGUACUCAAAAUAACUACUGGAAAAAUAAGUAAAAUAUCACUGGGCCGUUCCCCUAUUCUACUUUAGUAGUGCAACUGAGUGGCAUAGAGGAAGAAGCGCUGCAUUUCCCCUUUCAAUAUUUUUCUAUUGAGCCUCUCUCAUUCUUUUUAUUGAAUAUCGUUAUGUGAAUAAGGCUUUAGUGGGUUCUGUUAUGCAGCAUCAAUCAGUUCCGCUUUCUUGUUUCGAGAACUGUAAUGCAGGAACUGGACUGGAAAGCCAAACGGCUUUUGUUCACAAUACAAUCAUCCAACAUCCUGAAGGUGUAACCGGCGUGAUAAAUAAUCAGCCUUCGCUUGCUUUAAUGUUGUGGCUGGUACUUUUUGUGACAGUAAAUAAAACAUACGUUGACUGUUUGAAAGUUUUUUGGGCGAUUUCCAUGCAUUUCUGUUAAUUAAAGAAACUCUAUUGAUAGUUCUUUUCAACUGUGGUUAGAUUUUAAAAAAUGAUUUUUGUUCGUGUGCCUUUUCAUUAUCUGACGCCUUCUUGCCAAAGUGGGCCAUGCUGCUAGGGAUUGUGGUGGCUCCACUUACUGGGUGUGUUCAGACAUCAAUCAUGUUUCUCUGGGUUUUUAAAGCUUUCUUUUUUAUGAGGUUUUGUCCGGUCAUGAAUAUAUUCCUUUAAGACAACACAGACGCACUUGUCACUUCUUCUGAAUCUACGUUCAUUGCCAAAUAUGCUCAUCUUUUGUAUGUCUUCUUGAAGGAGUUGAUGGAUCCAGUGACAAGGACAUGGAAGAUGGUGUCGAAGGCAGCGGCGACGAUGAGGAAUUGGGAGAAGCUGACGAAGACGAUUCUGACCUUGAUCUUGCAUGGAAAAUGCUAGACAUCGCAAGAGCAAUCGUUGAGAAGUCCCCAGAAGAUACGAUUGAGAAAGUGAAUAUACUCGCAGCUCUGGGGGAAGUGGCAGUGGAAAGAGGUCCAUUUCUUUCUUAAUCUUCCUUUCGAUUUCUAUAUUGUUUCCAAAGUUUUGUCCGUCUUACUAUAAUUGCUGCUUUGCAGAGGACAUUGAGACUUCUCUGAAUGAUUAUCAAAAGGCUCUCUCUAUCCUGGGGAAUCUUGUGGAACCAAAUCAUCGACGGAUUAUUGAACUGUAUCCUGCCCUACAUCUUGAGCUGUUCAAACAUUUUCUUUCAUAUCUCAUCAUUUAUAAAGUUAUUAUCUUCCCAAUAUCUUUGCUAUCUUUAACCCAAAAUCCCAGGAAUUUCCGGAUUUGUCUGGUCUUAGAAUUGGGCUCGAGAAUUGAAGAAGCUAUUCCAUACUGUAAGAAGGCCAGCGUGCUCUGCGAGUCUCGCCUGCAGCAGCUGAAAGAAGAGGUUGUGGCAGCAGCGGUAGAUUCGGUGGGCUCUUUGGCUCCGUCUAUCUCUGAGAAAGAAACAGACAUCGAGGUGAUUGGUGGAAUAUUAACGGAGCUCGAGAAAAAGGUACCGACUCCCUAUUCUUUUAUGGUUUUUUAAUCUUAAGUGAGUUUUUGAAUCUUAGUUUCUAAUCGUUCUUGUACCUAAAAGUCAAACCCCAUAAGGUAUAGAGAGAGAAAGGGAUGAUGACGACAGUGAUAACCAUGGAGGCAGUGAUUUCAGGGAAAGCCAUAUUUCUUGGCUACAUAAUCUCUGAGGAAGAAAGAGAAAUCAGGGUGAUUGAUGGAAAUCUUGGUUGAAGAAUACUCAUCCCCAGGUCCUUCCAUUUAUCAAAUUUCUCUCUUAAUCUCUAUAGAAUCAGAAGUCAAAAUCCCACAAGCCAGAGAGAGAGAGAGAGAGAGGGGCAGAAAUUUCAGAUGCUACUAAAAUUUUGGAGCUCAGAAGUCUCAGAGAAAGAGCAAGAAAUCGUUCUUCUGAGGAGAUUAUGAUGAUGAUGGAUGAGAAACUUUAUACUCACCAAGUUUAUGAACAAGAAAUCCCUCACAUAUAUUUAUUUAUUUAUUUAUAUUACUAUUAUUUUCCUGGUGUGCAGCUUGAAGACCUGCAACAAGUGCUGCUGAACCCGAAGCCCCUGUUCGCUGAGAUGAUGAAGAUGAUCUCCUCAGAGCCUCCCGCGGAGAAGAAACCUUCUGCAAGCUUGAGCUCCUCACGAGUGAGCGUUUUCAUGAAUGGCUCAUCAGACUCCCCAACCUCCUCCACGGCGAGGACCGGCGGCGGUGGCGGCAGCGGCGACAGCAGUGUGACCCAUCUUGGCGUAGUGGGGAGGGGUCUCAAGAGGGCCUCUCUAGCUCCGAUCACCACUGAGCCCUCCGUGAAGAAGAAGGCCCCUGAGGAAUCUACAGAGAGAGUUGACUCUGGGAUCUCAGAGGCCGUUGACUCCAACACCCAGAGCUCGUAG